UCUUUAGUGAUUCGUGGCACUCUUUCCCACUCCCACUGAAGAUCACAGACAAGUUGUUGCUUCAGCUUCAACUUCAGAGACAAGUUAAUAACAGAUACAUCACAUAACUAGUGGCUUCAUCGUGGGCGUCAGACGAUCAGUGGUGUUAACAGAUAUAUCACAACGAUUGUUGCUUCAUCUUGGGCGCCAGAGAUACGUUAAUAACAGAUACAUCACAUAACUAGCGUCUUCAUCGUGGGCGUCAGACGAACAGUGGUGUUAACAGAUAUAUCACAACGAUUGUUGCUUCGUCUUGGGCGUCAGAGAUACAGUGGUAAUAACAGAUAUAUCCCAGCGAUUGUUGCUUCGUCUUGGGCGUCAGAGAUACAGUGGUAAUAACAGAUAUAUCACAACGAUUGUUGCUUCAUCUUGGGCGUCAGAGACACGUUAAUAACAGAUUCAUUACAUAACUAGUGGCUUCAUCUUGGGCGUCAGAGACACAGUGGUAAUAACAGAUAUAUCCCAGCGAUUGUUGCUUCGUCUUGGACGUCAGAGACACAGUGGUAAUAACAGAUAUAUCACAACGAUUGUUGCUUCGUCUUGGGCGUCAGAGAUACAGUGGUAAUAACAGAUAUAUCCCAGCGAUUGUUGCUUCGUCUUGGGCGUCAGAGACACAGCGUUAAUAACAGAUACAUUACAUAACUAGUGGCUUCAUCUUGGGCGUCAGAGACACAGUGGUAAUAACAGAUAUAUCCCAGCGAUUGUUGCUUCGUCUUGGACGUCAGAGACACAGUGGUAAUAACAGAUAUAUCACAACGAUUGUUUCUUCGUCUUGGGCGUCAGAGACACAGUGGUAAUAACAGAUAUAUCCCAGCGAUUGUUGCUUCGUCUUGGGCGUCAGAGACACAGUGGUAAUAACAGAUAUAUCACAACGAUUGUUUCUUCGUCUUGGGCGUCAGAGACACAGUGGUAAUAACAGAUAUAUCCCAGCGAUUGUUGCUUCGUCUUGGGCGUCAGAGACACAGAGUUAAUAACAGAUACAUUACAUAACUAGUGGCUUCAUCUUGGGCGUCAGAGACACAGUGGUAAGAACAGAUAUAUCACAACGAUUAUUGCUUCAGCUUCAACUUCAGAGACACAGCGUUAAUAACAGAUAUAUAUUCAACGCCAGAGACACCGUAUUAACAGCAGACAGAUAUAACACAUGAGACACACCACUAAGGACGAUGGCGGUGUUACUUCUCCCCCUUUUCAUGACGGCUGUAUUUGCUGGCAAUACUUGUUACCGGCAUACUUUUCAACGGUUUAUCACACAGGACAACCUGGCAGCCAAUGAGGUCGCAUCCGACGUAUUCUCAACUCAACAUCUGACAUCCUGUGCUCAACGUUGUGCUGAGGAUGAGAAGUGUGUUGCUUUGACUUAUCAUGGGGACCAGUGUUCCAUCUACAGAUCAUCUUUGUCGUCAUCUGGCAUCCCAGGAUCCAGAUCCUACAUCAAGCAAGGAGCUCUACCGAAUGCAGACCCGUGCCCCGUGUCUCAAGGCUACACAUCGGUCCUCUACCCACGCUUCUGUUUCAAGCUAUACAACACCGACCCUUGGAAGAACUGGGCAGACAGCCAGGCCCGAUGUCAGAGUGAAAACGGACGUCUGAUCAUCUUGAACACGACAGAGAAACACGACUACAUCACUGCUUUUAUGACGAAGGCAUCUUCUACGUAUGGGGCAUUGAUUGGACUACAUGUGACCAGUUCAACCGACUUUGCCUGGACGGACGGAUCAACCUUUCUCCGGGCAGGAUCAAACGGAUAUGGUGGCUUUAGCAGUGGAUGUGCAUACCUAGUUGAAGAGAAAGUCAAAACCACCACUUGCUCAAAUGCAGGAUGGUCCUUGUGUGAGAUAGUCUGACGCUUGAUCAAAAGGGGAGAUAGAAUCUUGGCUUUGUAUUUAAUAAACUACACCGUCACAUUGAUUACCCUGUGGCACGUAUCCUCGAAUAUCCUGGGUAGUAUUAUCUAUUUUAUUAUUAUACAUCCCCAUAACUUCGUGUUGAGCCUAUUCACAUUGCAUGAGGGGCGGCAGGGUAGCCUGGUGG